UCUUCUUUUCCCACCACGCAGUAAAACCCAAAACUACAAUACGAAACCACACGCCCCUAUCUCGUCGCGUCGGCGGGCCAUUGACAUUCUCAGUUUCUCACCCUCACCGCCGUCGGAUCAAUCGCGUGCCCUGCCUCCAGGAGACCGCUGCCUCGCCGCCGAUGGGCUUGUUCCGCCGGAUCUCCGGCUUCUUCGGCAUCUCCCGUGACGAUGCCGACCACCCCGACUCCUCAUCCUCCAACGCUGCCGCCGCCGUGGAAUUUCCGCAGGACAGGGCGGCUGCGGCUGCGGCGGCAGCGGCGGCCCACGGCGCGAGGCGGGGGUUCAGCGUCCAGGUUCCCGUCCCCGUAGAGCGGCAGGGCCCCGGGCCCGUGCUGGUGCCCUGCCCCCAGGGGGACGGCGGCGUGCAGGUUUAUCGUACAUUUGUUGCUAUCAAUGAUUUAUCGGCUAAGGGCUUUCGGUGGUAUACAAGGAAGCUGAGAAUUGAUGAAGACGGAGACGUGGCUGAUGAGUUCUUGGAUGAGGUUAUCCCGGAAAGCUCGAUCAACAACAAUGCAAGCCCAGUUGGAAGGUUCCAACCGAAAUACAACACGAAACCAGCCAGUCUAGCGCUGAGAAAGCAGAUUAUCGCCGUUGAUGGCGACGUCCGCCACAGCUUGGAACACCAAGGGCAACUGCAGUGGGUGUGAGUGGAUAUGUAACGUUCAUUGUGUUUGGGAUGGCUCAUCUCAUGGUGAUCACUAGAUCCCUUGUACCACUCGUAGUUUGUACAUUAUCGUAUCGAACAAUGACAGAGGUAAACAAGCUGCUGCUGGAAAUUUAAUGGGUAGUGUGCUUGCUUGCUAAUUGGUUAAAUUUGGAAUGGGUGAUGUGCUUGCUUGCUAA